AAACAUGUGACGGACCUCCAAGUGGCCCUAGAAGAAAUGCACCGCAACGUGGCGGUGCGAAGCGACAAGUUGCGUCAGCAAGCGCGUGGACGCCGCGACCGAAAGUCUCAAGUCAAGUUUGCGGGUUUUUCGGUCGGCGAUUUUGUGCUUGUCGGAUCGGUCGUCAGCCGUCCGACAAAAUUGGCCCUGCAUUGGCGAGGACCCUGCCUAGUGACCAGAGUCAUCACGGACCAUGUGAUGGAGACUCAGCAGCUGGUGCCACCGUAUGAAAUCACAGUCCAUAAUGCAUGCCGACUGAAGAUGUACCACGAAGGUGGUAGAGAGGUGACCGAAGACCUCGAGGCGCAGAUCGCGUUUGGCGAUGGCGGAUUUCAUGUGGAGCGCCUGGACGAAGCGCGCUGCGUGGAUGGCCAACACCAAGUUUUGGUGAAGUGGCUUGGACUUGACGAUGAAGAAUCGUCCUGGGAACCUGCGACGAUUUUGCUGGACAACAUUCCAGUCGUAUUUUGCAAGUGGGUGGCGGCGAACAAGGAAGACCCUGCCGUGGCCGCCCUCAUCAAGACACUAGACUUCCCGUAG